AUGCGUUGUCAGAUUGGGCAAGAAGUUGGCUACUCAAUACGCUUCGAAGACGUGACAUCGGCAUCAACUAGAAUCAAGUUCCUUACCGAUGGCUUACUUCUUCGAGAGGCUCUGGUAGAUCCGCUGCUCUCGAGGUACAGUGUCAUCAUGGUUGACGAAGCACACGAGAGGUCUCUGAGCUCCGAUAUACUACUAGGUAUAUUGACGAAGAUCCGGAAGAAGAGGCCCGAAUUGAGAACAGUCAUCAGUUCCGCGACUCUACAGGCGCAGCAAUUUCUCAACUUCUUUGGGGACAGCGGCGAAGCUGUACAUCCGAAAGACGACGAGUCACAGCCUCCAGGUCGAAUCAUCAGUGUCGAAGGACGUGCCUUCCCAGUCGACCUGCACUACCUUUUGGAGCCAUGCGAGGACUACUUGGAGAGAGCUGUCAAGACAGUGUUCGAUGUCCACUCUUCUGGACCGGAAGGAGAUAUCCUGGUGUUCUUGACUGGACGAGAAGAGAUCGAGACUAUGAUCGAGAUGAUCGCCGACCGUCUGCCAUCGCUCGCAGCUGAUACAGACAAGAUUCUGCCAUAUCCGCUCUUCGCUGGACUCAGCACAGAACAGCAGAUGUAUGUUUUCGAGCCUGCACCUGAGAACACCCGGAAGGUCAUUUGUGCUACGAAUAUUGCGGAAGCCAGUGUGACUAUCGAUGGCAUAGCCUAUGUCAUCGAUUCUGGCUUCGUCAAAUUGAGAGCAUACAAUCCGACCACUGGCAUCGAGACUUUGACAGCCACUCCUGUCUCGAAGGCAUCAGCAACACAACGCGCAGGCCGAGCAGGACGUACUAAGCCAGGCAAGUGCUAUCGGUUAUACACCGAAGCUGCCUUCACUUCGUUACCAGAUGCCACAGUCCCUGAGAUACAGCGCUCGAACCUCGCACCGACAAUACUCCAGCUGAAGGCUAUGGGCAUCGACAACAUAGCACGAUUCAACUUCAUCACCCCACCACCAGCAGAACUCAUUAUGCGCGCCUUGGAGCUUUUAUACUCCCUAGGCGCGCUGGACGAUUAUGCCAAGUUAAGUAAGCCAAUUGGAUUCCAGAUGGCAGAGCUGUCUCUCGAACCAAUGCUGGCCAAAUGUCUCCUCUCAGCACCAGCAUUUAAGUGCUUGUCAGAAAUGCUCACCAUCGCUGCUAUGGUCAGCUUGCAAGGCAAUGUGUGGUUCUCGCACGACACCAAGAAAGCAGAAGAGACAGCGCGCAGGAAGUUCGCCGUGGAAGAAGGUGAUCACCUGACGCUACUCAACGCUUACCAAGCUUUCAUCACCAAGGGCAAAAAGGAUUCCAAAUGGUGUCAGCAGCAUUAUCUGAACUUCAAGUCGAUGACGCGGGCUGUUAGUAUUCGUAAUCAGCUUCGGCGCUAUCUCGAGCGUCUCGGCAUCGAUGUCAAUGAGUCGCUGGGAGGCAACGAUGUGUUGAGAGCUGGCGGAAGGCCGAAAGAGGAGUCAAUCCGGCGGUGUUUGACCAGUGGCUUCUUUGCCCACGCUGCUCGCAUGAUGCCAGAUGGCACGUUCAGGACUGUGGACGGAGGGACAGUUCUGCACGCUCACCCCUCGUCGUUGAUGUUCAACAGGAAGGCCGAUUGGGUCAUCUUCACCGAGAUCAUGGAGACUGGUGAUAAGACCUACAUUCGCGACGUGACCAAGAUUGAGAAGUCGUGGCUAUUACAAUAUGCGCCAGAUUUCUAUAGGGUGAAGACGUAG